AUGAGCACUACACAGCGUCUAUACCUCCCGGCCGUAGACGGCGGGGAGGUGGAGGAAAGAGAAAAGUAUAGACCAGGAGGAUACCACCCAAUUCACUUCAAUGACCAUCUCGGGCCAAACAAACGGUUUCUCGUCGUCCAUAAACUUGGAUGGAAUGUGAACUCCACUGAGUGGCUUUGUCUAGAUAAACGAACAAUGUGCCACAGAUCAGUCAAGGUUAUGGUGGCAGAGCAGUCAGUGGAAGACUGCCCGGAACUGCAGGUCUUGAAUGCUCUAAGUGAAGUCAGCCGCAAUGAGCUCGAAGAGAAUUGUGUUGCUAUCCCUAAAGAGCACUUCUGGGUUGAAGGACCUAAUGGGCGGCACCUCUGUUUUGUUUCUGAUCUAUAUGGCCCUAGUUUGUAUUUGGACUCGCCACUUGGUACAGGGAUUCAUACGCCGGGAAUAUUAACGGAUUUCACGUUUCAAAUUUGUAAGGGAAUACAAUAUCUCCAUACGAAAGGGAUUUGCCAUGGAGAUUUAAAACCAAGUAACGUACGUAUGCGGUUACACCAGUACACCCUCAUGGAGCUACCAUACGACCGGCUUGACAGAUAUCUCGGGCCCCGGCGACAUGAGCCCCUUCUGACUCCGUCCGGAAGUAGUCCGGGUUCCCACGGACCUAAGUAUCUAGCAUUGCCAGUAUCAUUGGAUAAAUUAGAAGAAAAGUGUCGAGCUGCUAAAGUUGCGAUUGUUGAUUUCAGCCAUAGCUUCCAUCAUUCUAACCCGCCCAAGAUAACGAGGUGGAAUAGACAAUAUGCCGGACCGGAGUUUUUAUUUACAGAGACGGUGAGCGGGUUCCCGCGAGAUAUAUGGGCGCUUGCUUGUACCAUAUACGAGAUUAGAACCCAAAAACCAUUCGUCAGCGAGUAUCAGGACUAUACGUCUUUGAUACGCCAUAUGGAACUCUUGUUUGGACCCUUACCAACUGAAUAUAGGGGUGUCGCAGGUUCUUAUUUGGAAGGUGAUAAGGCGCGGCGAAAUGUGUCAGCGGGCAAGAAAGGAGAUUCGGAUCACUCACAAGUCUCGGAUGACAGCCACCCGGAUCCUUCUCAGCUGCUUUCGCUUACUCCGGAAGAGGAGCGUCGAGAGCGGGAGGAACUCCUAAAGGUUCUAGGGGCGACCACGUGGUCUGACCCCCUACAAGCGUCACUUGGAGAAGAGCGGCGUUGCUAUGUCCGCGAGGAAAGUUAUACGCCGUAUACCUCAUCAGACGACAGCGACUCGGAAUAUGAUAGCGACGAAUCGAUUUCAAGCCAAGUUUCUGAAGAUGAAUUUUCUCAAGAGGGCUUGGAUCGCCUAACGAAUCCCGACCUUCAAGGCAGUAAAGUGAAAGAAGGUUCGGCUUCUCGGCAUUCAGAUGAGGGUGAUGAGGAAACACCUGUGCCACGGUCCCCAUGUACACCUGUGGAUCAGCCAAGACAACUAGAAAAUAAAGAGCAGCUGACUGUGUCCAAAUCGCCAACUGAAGUGUGUACAGCUCAUCAGGAACAUGAGCCCGGUGACGAUGGAGCAGAUGAAGCACCUACCCGGCCCACCCCCCUUGAAUGGCUCGACCAGGUUGAGGUCGUAGAAGUAGAACUGGUUGGAGUUGAAGAUGACACCCCAGAGAGGGGACCGAAGCGACGUCGUUUGGAUAGGCAACCAGCCCCUAAAGAGAUAGAGUAUGUAGAACGGGUUGUGACCAUGCCGAAAGAAGAGGUGUUGGUUCUGUCGGAUCUUCUAUUGCGCAUGUUCAAGCACGACCCUAAGGAGCGCAUUGAUAUCGAUACCGUCGUAAAUCAUGAGUUCUGGGGGGAUAGAAGAGACCGUUGGCUUGUCACCGGUGAUGAUUCCGAUGAGGAAAUCCCAGACCCCAUAUCCUCAAGGACUCGUAGCCGAGCAUCAAAGACUGAACAAGGGGCAGAGUCUGGAUCCCCUCAAGUAUCUAAUUAG